AUGGCAACUCAUAGAUUCAAUGGCAUUCUCUUUCUCCUAUGUGCCUUUUGUCUCCUAACCUUCACAGCUUAUGCAGAUUCCAAUUGGCAUGGGAAGAGACCAAAGGGAAUACAAAAUUGGUUGAAUCAUGGUGGAGAUUUGCGCAAUAGAAGAUAUGCAAACAAGGAGACCAAAAUCAGCCCCACAACUGUUUCCAAACUAAGUCUAAAGUGGAAAUUCUAUGCAGGCAAAGAUAUAACAGCAACACCAGCAAUUUUCAAUGGUACCCUUUAUUUUCCAAGCUGGAAUGGCUAUAUCUAUGCAAUCAAAGAGUCUGAUGGAUCUCUUGUUUGGGAGAAGAACUUGCAAGAGUUAACUGGCCUUAAUGCAACUGGGUUUGUACCUAAGGUCAAUUGGACAGUAUCAAGAUCAACACCAACUAUAGCUGAUGACCUCCUGAUCAUUGGAAUUUAUGGACCAGCUGUGGUUAUUGCUGUUGAAAGAUCAACUGGGAAGCUUGUUUGGUCAACCCAGCUUGACAGCCAUGCCGCUGGACUUAUCACCAUGUCAGGAACUUAUUACAAAGGGGGUUUCUAUGUUGGUACAUCUUCACUAGAAGAAUCUCUCAGUGUUGAACAAUGUUGCACCUUCCGUGGCAGCUUUUCCAAAUUAGAUGUUCGUUAUGGCACCAUCUUGUGGCAAACCUUUAUGUUACCCGAUAACUAUGGCAAACUUGGAGAAUAUGCUGGAGCUGCUAUUUGGGGAAGUAGCCCUUCCAUUGAUAUUCCAAGGAAACAUGUCUACAUUGCCACUGGAAAUCUAUACUCGGUUCCUUUAAAUGUAAGCCAAUGUCAAGCAAAAGAGAAUAAUCAGACUGUACCAACUCACCCAGACCAAUGUAUCGAGCCAGAUAACCAUUUUGAUUCAAUUUUGGCUCUUGAUCUAGACUCCGGAAAGAUAAAGUGGUAUCACCAACUAGGAGGCUAUGAUGUAUGGUUCUUGGCAUGUAACAAUCUUUCGACUCCAAAUUGUCCUUCAGGUCCAAACCCAGAUGCUGAUUUUGGAGAGGCACCAUUGAUGGUUAGCAUAAAUAGUAAUAAUACCAAACUAGAUAUUGUCGUUGCUGUUCAAAAGAGUGGAUUUGCAUGGGCUUUGGACCGCAACAAUGGCAGCCUCAUAUGGAGUACAGUAAGUUUACUUGAUAUCUAA